AUGGGUGGAAGAGCACAACAACCCAUGGGCCAAUUGCCACAAUCACGUAUCACUCCUUCACGGCCAUUCCCUCACACUGGCAUAGAUUAUGCUGGACCAUUCACAAUCGAAACAUCAUCAGGCAAAGGAGCCAAGACAAAAAAAGCUUGGGUCUGUGUAUUUGUCUGCAUGUCAACUUCUGCAUUUCAUCUGGAAGCAGUUAGUGACUAUUCAACUGAAGCAUUCAUUGCUGCCUACAGGAGAUUCACCUCUAGACGAGGAUUAUGCCAGACAAUCUAUUCUGACUGUGGCAGAAAUUUCAUAGGAGCUGAUAUAGAACUCAAGAAAUUAUUCACACAAUUCACCAGAGAACAUGAGGGCAUCUCUAGAUUUAUCAUCACCAACGGCACUCAAUGGUCAUUCAACCUACCUGCAGCACCACACAUGGGUGGCAAGUGGGAGUCAGUAGUGAAAUCACUUAAAUUUCAUUUGACGAGAACAGUAAAACAAUCACUCUUUACGUUUGAUGAGAUCGGCACACUACUGACACAAAUUCUCAACUCAAGACCUCUAGAGCCAAUCAGUGAUGACCUAGAAGACAUUCAAGCACUCACUCCUGUACACUUUCUUAUUGGGUCAGCAAUCAACACUGUUCCUGAACCAUCAACCUCCGAACCUGCACAUUCAAUUCGAAAUCGAUGGCGGAUGAUUCAACGACAAUCACAGCAGUUCUGGUCCAGGUGGUAA